AUGGCUCAAGCGACCCUUGAUAAAUGGCAUUCUCUGAGAAACAAGUUCCCCCCAGAACUGCAUCAUAAUCGGUGCAGACCCAGGAGCGAACGCCAAGAGACCAGACGUGCAAGUGAACUCACGGACGCAGAGCUAGUCCUGCGUCUGACCAUCAUGUCGGGUAUCACAGUCGACAGCAGUGUUCCCAUUACCGGGGAAAGAAACUUGACAAUGCCUGCUCAAGCAGAGCUGGCAGCCUAA